AUGGAGCGCCAAGGGCCAGUGUUGCUGGCGCGGACACGCGGCGGGCGCAAUUGGCACGCUGCAUCGCAUUUUCGAUCCGGACGACCUUUGCCGUACUCUGUUGAGACGGGCGCCCAUGGAUCAAAGUUGCGGGCGAGCAGUGGCCUGUGUGCCACUAUGAUCGCUGCUAUCUGCGGCCGACUUGGGCGAGAGAAGGAGAUGCAGGGCCGCGCGUCAUACGAGUCGUAUGAGUACCCGGCCCUCGUGCUGACUUCUGCCCUCGGGGCUGUCGGGGCCCUCGGCGGGCCUUCCAGACCGAAAGGACCUGCCAGUCUUGUGGAUGCCGAGCUCACUUGCACUCCUGCUGUUGCUGCCCCUGGAACAGCGACAGUUCCGUGCAUUCUCCUCGUGGUCUCCAAGCGGAUCUUCCUCUACGUCCUGGCCUUCUGGGGCGUCUUCGUGGCGGCCCGACGAUCAGUGCUGCUGCCUGCCUCGCUCGGGGAGCGGCUGGUGACGCUGACGGCGGAGCUGCUGGGCCUGGGCCCGGAGUUGCCACCCGAGCUCAGGCAGGAAGCUGAUGAGCUCGAGCAGGAGCUGGACGGCCUCAGUGACACGCAGCAGGCUCUGGGCCUCCCGCUCCUGCUCGGUGUCUUGCUGGCGGGUUCUUUGGCUCUCCUGUCACUGCAGGGGCAAGGCUCCGGUUCCGUGUCCCAGGCUCUGAUGCUCGGAACCUUGGUCUCCAACGGAGCCUUCGCCUUCCUGGCCACCAAGGGAGAGGUCAAGGCAGCGCUGGAGAGUUGGAGCGUGGAGGAGAAAUCAGUCGGCAUCCUGGCAACAGGCUUGGCAGUUGCCGGCACCUUGGUGGCCUUCCUCCUCCCUUUGUCAUGGGCCUGGCCUGUGCAGAACUUCGUCAACUUGUGCAUUGCCAUCACGGCAUCGCGGGCCUUGGCAUUGCCGCGUUUCCAGACCAUCGCACUGCUGCUUUUCGGUGUAGCAGCGUACGACGUGCUGAGUACCUUGGGGCCCCUUCUUGCCGCCCAGCUCCUUGGAGCAGGCCCUGGCAAUGUUUCUUCUUCUGCUAUGGCCAAGGUGGCGCUGUCAAAGCUUGGGACUUCGGGAAACCUGCUUCCGACCUGGAGGCCUGGCCUUCUGGAGGUGGUCUUAGGCAGCCGCCCCAGCGAUGUCUUGGGCCUUGGCGACGUCGUCUUUCCAGCGGUGCUUGCAGGCUGGGCACUGCGCCGAGAUCUUCAAAGUGAGUCCGGAAGCAGGCCCGGGUAUUUCAUGGCUGCGCUCCUGGGCUACGUGCUGGGGUCGGCCGGCUGCGAGGCUUCCGUGUAUGGCUUCAAUCUGCCGGGCCUGCCAGCCUUGGCCCUCCUGGUGCCUGCGAUGCUGGGUUGCGUUUCUCUGCUUGCCGCCAUCCGGGGUGAGCUGGCUGAGCUAUGGGGGGAUGAGCUGCCGUCCGAAAAAGAGCUCAAUCUGUGCAAGGUCGCGCAACUGCCAGCAACCUCGACAUGGCAGGUCAUCUUUAGGCACUCAGACGGCCCGGUGGGAGAGGACCCCGGAGCCGACCUCCUCACAGGGUACGGCUUCGAGCUGGCCAUAAAGAGCAGCGAGUACAAGACGCAUGCAGAGGAAGACGACAAGGGCGACAAGGAGGACUUUGCCACGGCUCAUGUGUCGUCGGCCGACUACUCUUUUCACUCGGAGUCCCUCAGGCAGAAUGGGGCCAAAGUGGCUGUCGUUGCAGAAUGGCAGCGCGGUUUGCUGCUCCUGUCUCGCUUGGAUAAUCUUGCCGCACGAACAACUUCCAAAGCGUAUGGUGCUGUUAUUCAGGCGUGCGGUCGCAGCGCCAAGUGGGCCCUGUCGCUAGCUUUGCUGACGACCCUUCAUGCUCAGGCCGUGAAGAAGGACGUGAUGUUGUACACGGCUGCCAUGCGAACUUGUGGACUGGGAAGACAGUGGCAGUUUACACUGGAACUGCUUGGUGAGGCGCUAGCCAGCUCGGUGCAGGUCGACCUGAUCGCCUACAAUGCUGCAGCUUCCGCCCUGGAAAGGAGCAGCCAGUGGCAACAGGCAGUGGCGCUCCUGCAGAACCUCGAAGCAGUCAAGCAAGGCAGUGACAAAUUCACGUACAGCUCUGCCAUUAGUGCCUGCGGCAAGCAGGGCCUGUGGCAAGCAACGCUCGACCUGCUUGCAUGUAUGCGACGGACACAGAUCGAAGCCGAUGUGCGCACAUACACGGCUGCCAUCUCCGCCUGUGGUGCCGGAAGCAGAUGGAUGCAAGCUGUGGCUGUUCUGAUGGAGCUUGUGCCUGCAGGUCUGCAGCCAGACGUGAUUGCAUACACCGCUGCCAUCCAGUCCUGUGCUCAAGGAGCUCAGUGGCAGCAGGCUUUGUUACUUCUGAAUCACAUGCCGUCCUGUCGUUUGCAUGCAGACCUUUUUGCCUACAACUGUGUCAUGAAUGCGGGCGUGGAGAGUGCACAGUGGCUGAUAGCUACUGGGUUGCUCGAGUCGCUGUCGCGGAGUUCCUUGAAGGGUGAUGCCCACACAUACAGCAUCUGCCUCCGUGCCAUUGGGUGCGGAGAGCAGUGGCUCCACUCCUUGGCCCUUGUGCAUGCUCUCGGUGAUCAGGGGCUCUUGAACACCACGAUUCUUAAUUCGGUCAUCAGCUCCUGCAGCAGCUGCUCGUGGCAAGCAGCUCUGGAGUUUUGGGCCUUACUUGCACGUGCGAAUUUACAGCCAGAUGAGAUCACGCCUGCUACCGUUAUUGGGGCAUGCGAGAAAGGAGGGAAGUGGGAGCAAGCUGCCGCCUUCCUCCAGCGUAUGGAUCGAAUGGCACUGGAGACCAACAUCCGAGCCUGCACUGCGGCGAUAGGCUCCUGCAAGCUCGAGGCAGAUUCAUCCCAAGGGCAUGGGAUGGCGGCCUCAAGUGCAUGGACUUGGGUACCUGCCUUACGGCUGUUGGGCUCACUGGAGCAUCUUGGACUGCAGGGCGAUGAUUUGUCCACCAACUACGUCAUCGUGUCAUGCACGGCUUCGGGACGAUGGCAGGAGGCCCUGGCGAUUCCCGUAAGAACCGCGGGUGUGGCCACCUCUGCAUGCAAUGCGAAACUCGCCGCAUGCGCGGAAUGGCAGAAGGUGCUCGCUCUGUAUGCUACUUCGCUGCGAGCCCAACUGACUCCUGACCUCGUGACGUACAGUACAGCCAUCGGUGCUUGCGAGAGAGGGGAGCAGUGGCCGCAGGCUUUGGACUUGCUGGACCAGAUGAAGGGCAUCCGGCAGGUGGAUGCGAUGGCGUACACGGCAACCAUAGGAGCCUGUGCCGGGGGAGCGCAGUGGCAGCAUGCGCUGGCACUGCUUGAAGAAGCAGGCGGUAUCCGAGUGAACCCAGACGACAUCAUGAUUGCUUCAGCAGCGACGGCCUGUAUCAAGGCCACUCGGUGGGAGCUGGCUCUGGACCUCGUCAAUCAAAGAAGCGCAGGAAAGACAACAAGAUCCACCGUUUUGAGUGCUUUCCUCAACAAUUGA